AUGGCAAAACCGUCUUCAUCUAGGUGUAUUUACCGCUCGUUUGAAGAUGCUGCAGCAUUCAUGAAAGUGGGAAUUAUAGGUCUGACACUACAAAAUUCAUUUGCCAUAAAAGCCCAUUUCCCAGCUAUACAACAACUCUCAUCGCAUUUAAGGAUAACGGCAUUAUUUAACGAGGACAUUGGAUCCUCUGUUGACGUCAUACGACAUUUGAAACUAGAACACGCUACAGUUUUUCCCACUUUAAAAUCAUUCAUUGCAUCAUCAAACAUCGACUUAUUGGUAGUUACUUUACAUGAAAGAUCGUACCCCUUGAUAUUAGCUGAUAUUAUCAAAUAUUGUAAGUUGUGUUCAGAAAAGGAUGGAAAAUGCACACUGAAAUUCAUAUUUCUGGACUGGCCUUUAAAUUGCUCUGUGGAUUUUGUUAAGCAAAUGGUAGAAGAGACAACAAAUCUUGGAAUACAAACUGUCGUAUCUUUACAAGGCAGAAAAUCCCCAUACGUCAUCAAGGCAAAACAAUUAAUCUCGGAGGGUUCGAUUGGUGAAAUUAAUUCAAUGGAAAUUGCCGCUAACGGCAUAUGGUACGGAUACGAGCGGUCGAUUAAAUUCGAGUCUUACUUAUUUCAGCAGGAAUCUGGGGUUAACAUAGUAACAAGUUCAUUUGCACAUAUUAUUGAUGUAGUAGAGUAUAUUACCGGUUCUUAUUUUGGAGAAAUAAAUGCUCUUCUUUUCAAUAAUAUAAGAAAGCAAGAGCUGGUAGAUGAACUUGGUAACAAGAUCGGUGAAAGCGUACAAAAAUCACUUCCAGAUCAUCUACUGUUCCAGGGGAAACUAGUGAGUGGGAACGUACCGGUGUCUUGUACGCUCAGAGGGGGGAUGCCAAGCAAAAGAUUUGCCAAAAAUUUUGUAAUUGAUAUUCAUGGUACAAAAGGUGACGUCAAAUUAGAAGGUGAAGCUGGUUUUGUGGAAAUUUCAAAUAUUGUCCUUUAUUACAGAGGCAUAAAGCAUGAUACACUUUCCGCCUUACGACAGUUCAAUGUUCAUGUACCUUACGACGCAAACAAAGAAAUGAUGGAAUUUUAUCAUUUGAGAAAAUAUAACGCUUUGUUGGGCAACAUUCUCAAACUUUAUCAGUCUGUACUUGAACUACAUGCUGAACAACAAAAAAAUCCGCAUGUCCCCGUUCUCACUGUACAGUCUUUUGGAAUACAAGGUUUUCCGACGUUAUCGGACGGUCUGUUGCUGUAUAAGUUGCUUGCUGCAGUUUAUGAAAGCAGCCUAUCCGGUAGAACGAUGAGAGUCGAUUCGACAAUUUGA